AUGGAAGGGGAUAAAUGUGGCGUUCGUAUAACGCCUCCGGUGCUAGAAUUCUAUGAUGCCGAAGUGGACACUGUGCAUCAACUAAAUGUCACUGUCAAAAACACAAGUAAAACCAGCAAAAGCAUUCGUUACUAUGGCCCGAAAACUAAGUAUUUUCAACUGAAAGUAAGGAACCCAAACAAGCCUGUAGCGCCAGGCCUAUGUGUUCCUGCUGUUGUAGAAUUUGAAAUCAAAGAGGAGAAGGAAGUUACAGACAGACUUGUUGUCACAGUAGAUGGGGAUGUUAUUGAAAUACCAUUGGUGGCGUAUCCACCACAACCUCUGCUUGAAAUUGAACAAGUUGUAAACUUUGGAAAUCUAGUGGCUAACAGUAAAACUGUUUCACAUGAAAUAUCCUUGGUCAACCAUGGCUCAAAGGCUGGUGAUUUUAAAAUCAAGUACAGCGGGGACAAGCCUAUUGCCAUCAUGCCUAGCAGUGGGUCUGUACCCCCUAAAAGUGUACAGAUGAUAAAGGUUGAAUAUGUCACUAAACAAGCUGGAGUUUUUGAAGAAGUGGUGAAGGUAAAACUUGAAGGGAAGGAAACUAAAAACCUUGUGAUAAAGGGAACAUUAGUAGACAGAACACUUGAGGUGCUGGCCAUGAAUACUCACCAGCCAGUAGAAUGUGUGCGCUUUGGAAGCACUUAUUAUGGCUCUGACAAAACAGAAUGUGCUUUACUGUUCAACAAUGGACCAGAACCUGUCAACUUUGUGGCUGUUCUGGAUGAAGAUGCAGUUGCACAAGAAAUGGGUGUGGACUUGUCCAAGAGUACAGUGGAUGCAUUGGCUGACCAGGAUAGGGAUGGCAUUGAGAAACCCCAGGGUACAACAAAUGUGCUGACCUCUCUCAUUACAGCUAUCCCUAACCAGGGCACACUGAAGCCCUAUGAGAAGAUACCAGUAUUUUUCAGGUUCAGUCCUAGAUGGAAUGCCUCAAAGGAGGGAUGGAAGGGACAGAAGAAGCCUCCCCCCAGGAAGGACUUUGCCCUGUUUAUGAGGAUUCAGAUUGUAGGAUCAAGCACAGGAUUUAGUUCCAAAUCACCCACUAAAUAUGCUGAUGGUUCAUUUGUGGAGGUUGCUUUGACUGGUACAGCAUUACCAGUACUGUUGUCAGUGUUGCCCUCUCUGAAGUACGACUUUGGGGAGUGUCCUAUAGGGGAACAUGCUGAUGUCCUGUGUACCAUUAAAAAUGAGUCGUCUGAUCUAGCCACUACCUUCCAGUUCAGGAGAGUGGCUCACUUUUCUACACAUCCACCUAGUGGAAAAAUCCCAGCAAAUCAAUCUCAGGAUGUUAUAUUCUCCUUUUCUCCAAAACAAAUUGUACGAUGUAUGAUGUAUGGCUUUGGAGAUGACAGAAAUCCCUACACAGAAUCAGUGGAUAUCCUAGAGGAUUUGGUUAUAGACUACAUCACAGAAAUGACUAAAAAAGCCAUGGAAGUUGGGAGACCUGGAAGAAUUUCAGUAGAAGAUAUUAUUUUUCUUAUAAGAAAGGACCCAAAGAAAUAUUCUCGUGUGAAAGAAUUACUUAUGAUGAGUGAAGAGCUUAGGAAAGCAAGAAAAGCUUUUGAUGAAAUCAAAUAUGCGACAGCAACGAAGUGA